ACGCCCCGCCGCCGCCAUGGCGCGGGCGCUGUCCAGUCAGUCGCUGGUGGUGGUGGUGGCUACUUCCCUUCAGGAAGCCCGGUCUCCGCCCCCUCCUCCCACCCCGUCUGCUCCGCGGCGGAGGCGGCGGUGGCGGCAGCGGUUGUCCCUGCCUCUCCGCCACCUCCACCUCAGCCUAUCCCCCGACCGGUGGCGUUGGCGGGGAGGGGGGCCGUAGUUGUAGACGGCCGCCCCUGCCUCAGAGAAGAUACGACGUCGAAUGAACAAAGACUGAACUUUUUACAGAUACCUUUUGGAAAAGGCUUGUAAGGAGUAGUGCCAUAGUUUGAAUCACAGUGGAUUCCACGUUAUGAGGUGAAUGGGAGAGGAGUAUUGAACAAAAAUAGAUUUUUAAAUCUCUGCAUCAUGGUUUUUAGCUCCUCAGUGGUUGCACAGUCUCUCUAUUUGGGGAAAGUUCAUGCUAAAAAACUGAAGCAAUUAAUGGGUGAAUAUGAUCAAAUUUCUCCACCAAGUUCUCAACCUGACAAGGCAUCCCCAAACCAUUUUACAAACGUCCUGUUAUUAUUAAGUCUGACAAUACUCUAGUCAGAGAAUCCCUUAUUGUCAACCUAAUGAAGCACUCAAAGAAGACAUAUGACUCUUUUCAAGAUGAACUUGAAGAUUAUAUUAAAGUGCAGAAAGCCAGAGGCUUAGAGCCAAAGACUUGUUUCAGAAAGAUGAGAGAGGAUUAUUUGGAAACCUGUGGGUACAAAGAAGAGGUUGAUUCUAGACCCAGGUGCAGAAUGUUUGAUCAGAGGCUCCCUUAUGAAAGCAUCCAGACCUACCCGAGAUCAUGUAGGGUUUCACAGACAAUGGAAAAGCAGUUACCUCACUGGCUGCCAGCUCGUGACAAUAGGCUGAGACUAGGCUCCCUGAGCUACCCUCAGUUCCCCAGGGACUGCUUCUUGGGAGAACCAGUACCCCUGAACCUUAGUCAGCACGAGUAUAAUCAUAGCUCCUACAGUGUGGAAUCUGGAGUCCACAAGCCCCUCUCCUCAGAGAACAGUACCCGUGCCCAUCACGCUAGUGCCCAUCACAUCCAUCAGAGGAGGAAGAGGCACCUCGAGGAAGGCAGAGAAAAACCAGAGGAGGAGCGGCCCAGGCAUAAGAGGAAAAAAGCUUGUGAGGAAGUAGAUUUAGACAAACACAAGCGCAUCCAGAGAAACAGAACAGAGGUGGAAACAGUCGGAGUCAGCACAGAAAAGCCUACCAACCGAAAGGAGAAAAAAAGCCGAGAUGCAGCCUCUAAGAAAGAGGAACGUAAGCGUAGAAAAGAGAAAAAGGAACAAGGCGAAGAAAGGACAGACGAGGAGAUGCUUUGGGACCAGUCUAUCCUUGGGUUUUGAAGCUCUUGGGUUGGUUCUCCCGAGGUUAGGUUGAAAGAUUAGUUGAGGAGCCUGGUUUUAUGAUGUUCGUGCUCAUAUCGCUCUUCCCACGUGAACAGGUGCAAAGGUUAAGUGGACAGAAAACAUUUAGUGUGUUUGCUCUCCAACAUGGAAAUUGCUUUUCCUCAUUUUCUAAAAUCAUUACUGUAUUUUUCUCAUACACAGUGUAAUUUCCCUUAACAAGAGUAGCUCUGCCUUUAUUCAUCAAGUUGCUAUGAUGGUGGAAGUAUUUUUCCCUUGGGAGGUCAUUUAUUUUAAAUUGGAGGAUCAAAAGGCUUUGCAGAAUCUACUUCUUGAUUGGGUUUUAGUUUGGAGUGGCGUAUUUUUAUAUUCAUUAGUUUUCUCUAUGAACCAAUUUAGAUUGAUUUUUCUUUCCCUUGUUAGAUCUCAUUUACAGUAUAUUUUCUAAGAUGAAAAGUGGAAAAUGAAAUACCUUAUAAUAAGUUUAUGUUAUAUACAGUUUUAAAUGUUUCAAAGAGUCUUGAUAUAAAAUCAGUUUAUAUUCUGGAAAUGUUUAUAAUAUAAUAAAAUGUUCUAAUUUCUACA